AUGUACAGGAGAGGUUUUAGAGAGGACCACGAUGACAAUAUACCACUCAAUGAGCAGCCUGUAUCUCCUACUGCGGUGCACUUUGGGGCCGGUGAUAUUGGAUGGACGGCCUUUGGUCCUGCAGUCGGACUUUCUGUUCUCGCUACUGUUAUUGUGACUUUGCGAUGGUAUACGCGAGCGAGACUUGUGAGGAUUAUUGGAUUGGACGAUUGGGUGAUCUUGAUAUCUCUGCUCUUUUGCUGGGUCAUAACCGCCUCGAUCGGCGCCGCAAUCUUCGCAGGCAUCGGCGAGUAUCGCACAAAACCUGGCGUCGUUGACACGAUACUCAUCGUCAAACUCAUCGUCGUCGUCAAUACAGUCUGGGCCACCACUGUCAACAUUACCAAGGCUUCGAUCCUGAUCCAGUACCUCCGCGUCUUCAACGGUUGCAUCAUUCGAGCUUGCUGCUGGACUCUCAUGGCAGCUCUACUUCCUGCUACAUGUUGGGCUGUCUUUGGCGGGAUCUUCCUCUGCACACCAACGGCCAAGCUCUGGAAUGUCACGCUCCCUGGCCAUUGUAGGAACGCGCAGGUGUACUGGGCGAGUGUGGCGGGUGUCAACAUUGGACUGGACUUUUUGACGUUGAUUCUGCCGAUCCCAGUCAUUGGAAGCCUGCAUCUACCACGAAAGCAGAAGAUCCUGACAAUGCUCGUCUUCGUCUUGGGCUUCAUCGUUUGCGCUGUGUCCUGCGUGAGAUUAGGAACUGUAAUCGUCACGGCGGAAAUGGGAGACCCUGUCAUGUCCGGCAUCUGGGCUAUCACUUGGUCAGCAGUGGAAGCCAACGUCGGAGUCAUCUGCGCCUCACUCCUUGCCCUCAAAGCAUUCAUCAUCAAGCUCUUCCCUAAGCUAAUGGAAGAGCCUCAACUCCCGAGGCAUCAGAUGCGGUUACCUGAGGUUGCAUCUGCUUCUGCUGAGCCUAUUUGGAAUGCAGGUGACUCAGACGUUCCUACAUUGGGUGGAUCUGACAGGUCUCUCGCUGCUAGCUGGCCGCCUACGCCUAGCAGUAGAUUCAGUGCGGCGCAUUUGGUGUAUAAGAUGAGGGUGGAGAGUGUUCCGGAGCAUCAGCAGGUGGAGACUACUGCGAACGAGGUCUUGGUGAGGGAGGAUACGGUGGGCUUUGCGGAAUUUUUGAGGCAUGAUUCGAGAGCAACGGAUAGGGAUGGGUAG